UGCUUCAUCUCUGUUUCAAUUCUAAAUUUCAAGUUUCAUCCUUUUCGAUUUCUACAGAUUUGGGUUGUUCUAUUUUGUCGUUUUAAUUCGUGGGUUGAUUGUACUUUUUGUUGAAUUUGGAUUCGUGGGUUAUUGAAUUUUGCUAUGUCUGAUCAUGUUCACGGUAGUUUCGUCCAAGGAUGAUGAUGAUGAUUCAUGUUCAUACAUAGUCUUUGAAUAGAGUUAUUGAGAAUGUUUACUAAUAGUGGAAGACAAGAGGAACGAACUGGGAAACAUGGAACACCAAGGCUUCAGUAUCUACAGGAGCUUGUGAGUCAGUUUCAGAAUGCAACUGAUGAAGAAACAAAGGAGAGAAUUGUAGCAAACUUGGGGAAUUUUUCAUAUGACCCGUACAACUACACUAUUUUACGUCAGCUAAAUGUCUUGGAGCUAUUCAUAGACUGUCUAACAGAGCCAAAUGAGAAGCUUGUGGAAUUUGGAAUAGGAGGAAUAUGCAACGCUUGUGCCGAGCCAAACAAUGUUACUAUCAUUGUCCAAGCUGAUGGAACUCCUCUUAUAAUCAAAUGUUUAUCAAGUCCUGUACGAAAGACUGUGAACUACGCGCUUGGGGCUUUGUACUACAUGUGUGACUAUAACAGAGCAACAAGAGAGCAGAUUUUGAAAGAAGAAGUGGUGGAUCUCAUCGAGAGGUACGCAGCUGCUGAAUCAGUCAGUGUAAGCUUUAGUAACUUGGCCAAGGCAUUUCUUGACAAGCAUGUUCAUCAUGCAAACACAUGAGAGUAAUGAAAUUUUCUAUAUUUUUGUUCUGUUGAGUUUGAUUCAGCUUGUAUAUCUAUCAAUAGGCAAAAAAAUGCAAACGCUACCAUUGAUGUUUUGAUUUUUGAAGAUUCAGAAAGAGUUUAGUUGCGUCUUGUGAUAAUGUAGAUGAGUAAUGUUUAAGGCUAAACUGAUGAAUUAUAUACUUGUGUGAAAUCGAA